UAGCGGAAAGAAGAGCUCUGCGCGCUCUGCAGGAGGUGAUGACAGACACGAAGGUGUCAGUAAUAAUCCCGUUUCCGGCAAGCAGCGCCCUCAACUGAGCGGAGGAUGCGGGAGGAGAAGCACGUUGAGCGGGACGGAGAAGGACGCGAGCGUACAGGAAUCGGUGCUGAUGAACUGAUGGUUCCUUCAUCAGCUUCAGGCCAAGUUCGAGGUUACUAUGUAGACUGGAGAAUGUUGCGUGAUGUGAAGAGACGAAAAAUGGCCUAUGAAUAUGCAGAUCAGAGGCUACGUAUCAAUUCACUCCGGAAGAAUACAGUCUUGCCAAAAAUUCUUCAGGAAGUGGCCGAUGAAGAAAUUGCUGCCCUUCCACGGGAUAGCUGUCCCGUUAGAAUCAGAAACCGAUGUGUUAUGACAUCCCGUCCCCGUGGUGUGAAGCGGCGCUGGAGGCUCAGUCGUAUCGUCUUCCGUCAUUUAGCCGACCAUGGGCAACUUUCUGGGGUCCAGCGAGCAAUAUGGUAAAUCUGCUCUGCAACCUACUGAACUUGCAGGGAAGCCAGUUCUGCAAGAAGAGACUUUUCUAACAGACAAAACCCUCGUCUUUAUAGGGGCCUAGUAUAGUUGUCUAGUCUACCUGAUGCUGUCUAUAGUUGAAUUGCUUCUAAAUUUUAAAUAAAGAAAUGUGGAUGUUUCAUUCUCUCAGUGAAUUAUCCUUUUUAUUGGAUUUAACAGAUUAAAUAUACUGUUCCUACACAUGGUGCAAAGAAUAGAAUAAUAAAAAAUAUUUUCUGUGAAAA